GAUUUUUUUAAAGUAAUAUUGUUAUGACCACUGAGGACAAGAUGCCUUCGCCUCACCGGUUACUCAUAGUCGGUGCAGGUCUAACAGGAUCAGUAACAGCUUCUUUACUGCGCAGAAAGUUUCCAAAGGAUGCGUUGAGCAUCACUUUCUGGGAGAAAUCUCGUGGAGCAGGGGGCAGAAUGAAUACGAACAGGAGCGCUGGUGAUUCACGCUGUACCGUCGAUCUUGGGGCGCAAUAUGUUUCAGCGACGCCAGAUUAUUUUAGAUCUCACGAGAGUUUCUAUCAGGAACUGAUAUUAGCAAAAGUAUUGGUGCCAUUUAAUGGAAUCAUAGAAGGAGAAAACAAAAAGGAAGGAAUAAAAAACUUCACAGCACCAGCAGGGAUGAAUUCCAUAGUCAAACAUUUUCUGAAUUCUUCAGAAUCCAGCAUUUUGUAUGAAACCCACUGCAGUGCAAUAAACAUAUUUGAAAACCCAGGAAACAUCAGUCAAAGCGCAAAAUUCUGGCAAGUAACAGACCUCAAGGACAACACAAGUAAAUUCGAUUCUGUUGUUGUGACGAUUCCUACUCCUCAACUUCUAAACCUGAAGGGUUCCAUUCAAGGUUUCCUCGCAAGCAAACGCUCGCUUCUGGAAUCCGUGCAGUAUUCGUCGCGGUACGCCGUAGCCUUGUAUUUUGAACAAGGGGUUAAAAUUAACGUGCCGUGGUGUUGCAAGUAUGUGACAGGCAGUCCGUGUGUGAGGUUUUUAUCAGUGGAUUCGAGGAAGAGAUUUGGGAAAGAUCCCGAAGAAAUUGGCCCCUCUCUCCUAGCACACACCAGCGUGCCAUUUGGAAUAGAACAUUUAGAGAUGGACUUGAAUGAUGUCAAAGAGAUCAUAAUAUCUCACAUAAAACAAAUACUUCCCGACCUCCCAGAACCCGCGAACAGUCGCUGUCUGAGAUGGCGGUAUUCUCAAGUGUCACGCGGUUUUGACGGCUCUCCCGGAUGCAUUGCUUUGUGUAACUCUCCGCUUCUGGUUGCCUGCGGUGAUGCGUUCUCCCACACGAAUUUUGAUGGUUGUAUAAACUCAGCCCAGUCAGUCGUGGACACAUUUUGCAAAAUGACAUCCGUUAGCAACCUGUAGGUUGUAAGGUGGUGGAAAGGUCACGCUGUACAUCUGACGUUACAGAAAUUACGUCAAAUAGUCACGCAAUGUUCCAUUCACUUGUUGACAUAAGCGUUACCUGACAAGUCAAAUAACGAUUUCGAGCCGGUGCAUAGGACAUGGGCUAUUUUUAAUGACAAAACAUCUGCAGUCGCCGUCGGAUAAGCAGACAGACUUAAGCGUGGCUUGUAAACCUAAGGACGACGGCUGUUGUAAGAGAAAGGGAAACUUGGGCUAGUCAGGGUGGAAAUGUUUUCUACUUUCUGCAUGAUUUGACUUUGAACCCUGAACAAUGAAAAAAUGUUAAGGUUAAGGAAUCAUAGUUGGGCUCCAGUGAACAAUGAAUGACAAUAUUUUGUUUAAAAAUCAGACUGUUUUAUUUCCUCAAGUGAUACCAAAUUAUUAUGGUUAAAAUCGAUCGCAGGCAGUCACUUGCAACAUGGUUUUUCAUGAUUAAUUAAAGAUCCACUGUGCUGUAAACAACAUAGCAGGUUGAGUGCCUAAAAGAAUUGAAAUUAACUCUUUACACCCUAACAGUAUGCAAGUUCUUCCCAACGUUCUUUAUGGAUUUCCUAUGGUUUGUAAAAGAGAAUUUGUCUUACAAUAAAAAACUUUCUUCAUUGGUGAUCAUUUCCUUUUAUUCUUAUCACCUCAGUGUGUGAUUCAGGGGUGAGAUAUUGUUGAAAGAAAUUGGAUGCUUAUUACUUUUAGGGUUAAAAAGUUAAUUGGGUUUAGGAACUGAGUUCUGUUUUGUUUUUUUUUUCACCAAAUCUAAACAUUGUAGAGUAAGGUGUUAGUUUGAGUUGUCUGCGUUGGAACUCUCCUCUCUAAAGACUCAAAAGGCUAGAAAAAUUAUUUUUUUACAACCAACUUAUACUUGCUUCAUGUAAUUCUUAACGGCACAAAAAAAAAUCUUGUUACUAGGCCUUUACUCACUUUUUGAAGACAAAGCUUUGGAAGAGAGUAAGCAUUUGUCAGCCCAGCCACAUGAAGCAAGAUACAAGGACUGUUAAUUUGUUAACAACAUCUGCACUGAGGAGGGAUAUACAUAUUACAGAAAGUAAUUAAUAUAAAAAAUCAAGCUCCUCACCAUUUCUAGGUCGAUCGAAAGUUGUUCAAAAGUGUGGAUCAAUGCCAGCAUCUGAAAAAUUGCGCAGCUACUCCUCCCCCAUUAACCAAACUUCAUCUCAAGCUUGUUAUCGGUUGAUUGUUUCUGGUUAAGGGAGGGGUGGGUGUGCAGUUACUUAUCCAAAAGUGUUAUAACCAUUUUUUCCUAUCCUAAUUAAUAAUAUUACCUAAAUACUUGUUCCUUCUGUGUAUUUAAACAUGGGAUUAAAAUAGUCUCAUUUUUGUGGGCAUGGAAAUUAAAAGGAAAAAAAA